AUGGCAUUCAGACAGCAACACCCGAUAAUGACGCCUGCUAACAACAGUGGAGGUGGCGGUGGUCGUGGCGGUGGCGGUGGUAGUGGUGGUGGAUCACUCAGUGGCAGUACAGAGUCUGACAAUACCAAGAGUGCGGAUGCCGGUGCACCCAGUCGUGCCGGUAGCUAUGCAACCAACGAUAAUCAGUACAUCUACAACCUGUCGUCAGAGAUUCUCACACCGAUACUAACACCGAAACCGACACUCUGUGACAUGUCAUUCGAGUUGAUGAUAGAGAACACCAAAUUCAUUGGUCAUCCUACACUGCUUUCAAAUGAUGAUGAAUCUGAUUCAGAUGGUGAUUCAGGUGAUGAACAACAUCAUCAACAUCACCAACAUCACAAUCAUCAUCAAGAUGUCGUAAAUGAAGAUGUUAAUAAUCAAAAGUUAACAUCUUCUUCAAUGUCAAGAAGAUUUAGUACCAGUAGUAAUAAGAGUACUGGUAGCAGUCAUAAGAGAAGUGGAAGUCAACAUAAAUGUAAAGAUGGUAAACAACAUGGUAGUAGUAGUAGUAAUAGUAAAAAUGUAAAUAGUAAUGAUAAAGAUAGUAGUAAUAAUAGUAAUAAAGAUAAAGAUAGUGGUAGUAGUAGUUCAACAACAAAAGAAAAAGAAAAGAGAUUGGAAUCAUCUACAAAUAGUACAAGUAGUAACAGUAGUAGUGGAUCUGAUGAGUUGACAAUGUUCAACCUCUUGUUUGUAAUGUCAACGAAUGUUGGAGAGUUAAACGAAAAUAGAGAUAACAGUUUAAAGAGAUGUGCAUUAAAGAUUGCAUCCGCUUUAAAACAUGAACAAAAGAGAUGUGGAUAUAUCUCAAAACAAGUACAUGAGAUUAUGUUGGUACGAGAUGGUUGGCUGACGGAGCACACGCUGGACACUGGCGAUGAUAAGCCGAAUCACCAGGAGUUGACCGAUCGCAUCUUGAAGAAGAGUCAGCUGGGUAUGGAGAUUAAGAAGAUCUACGAUGCACUGAACUCUGACAGACCGGCAAGCUUGAGAAUCAACAAUUGGAUCAAUCUACAUUUGAAUAUCAAUAACCCAGAUUACUACAGCGAUUACCCGAUGCGACCUUAUCACGCAUUGCUCAUCAACCUCGACCACUCCACGCUGCCGGCCAACACCGACACUUCGCCAGCGCUUCAGCGAUUGCUCGAUGUCGCCAAACCAACGAAAUCAUUCCGCGAUCUCCAACUUGAAACCGACUUGCCACUCUCCUAUCUCUACCGACUGUCUUCACAUCUCGUCUACUGGGGUAAAGCUAAAAUCAUCAACAUGCUAACGAAAAACAAUGUAUACGUUUUAACUCCACCAACAAAAAUAACAGAUAACAAUAACAAUAACAAUAGUAGUAGUAAUAAUAAUAAUAGUAGUUAUAUUGAUAUAUCAAAUAAGUUUAAUAUUCAAUUUCCAGAGUUUCAAUUUCAAGAUAUUCUCUUGAGAUUCAGUUCGGCACGACCUCUGGCCGAACACAUAUCAAAGUUUCAUCAGAGUUAUCAUGUCACUUUUCUUCAGAUUGUAUGCUGGCUGCUUCAACACGAUCUCAUUAUGCAGCUACAUACCUAUAUUCACUUGAUGAUCACCUACAGACAGCAGCCAACCACCUCACCAAACACACCGCUGCUCUAUCAGACACCUCACUUCCCAAUGACACCAUCACACUUGCUGCCUCAUGAGAUUGCAUUUUUCGAACGUAUAGAUGAUAGUACAAAAUCAUAUCUUUUAUUUAAAAGAUUGGUACCAUACUUUAGAGGACAACAUCAUUUAGAGGAAAUCAUGUGGAGAGAGAAUAUCUCGAGAGAGGAUUUAAAUAAGAUUUUAAAGAAAUAUAAGAGUGUAUUGAUACAGGUUACACAUGAAGAAUCAAUAGUAACAUAA